UUGGUUGAAUCAGAAGGGAGAGAACCCAUGUGGGUCUAAUGUUGAUUUGCGUGGUUAAAAUGUGUGCUAACUAGUGUAAAGAUUUACUAACUCUGAAGCACUGUUGAAACAAUCUAAAGAAUAUAAUCAUGUCGUCUUUCUUCAUAAAGAAAAAAGGACCUCUAAAGGUUUUCAAAAAGAGCGAGAAUUCAGCCGGUUCCAAACGAAAGAAUGAUGGAGACAUGGGAAACAAACUCAAGAAGAAAUUAAAUGCAAAGCACAAUGAAGAAAUCUCCAGCGACUCUGAAACUGAAGGCCCUGCAGUGCACAGAAAAAGGAGGGCCAAUGUCGAAGAAGAGUUUGAUGAGACUCCACAGGAAAAGAAACUACGAUUAGCCAAGCUCUACCUUGACCAAUUGAGGGAUGAGGAAGAAAAGAAAGCAGAGGAAGAGUCUUUUGAGACUGACCUGAUAGCUGGAAGACUUCAAGAAGAAGUGCUUGAACAGAAAGGAAAGCUUCAACGGAUGGUUGCAAAAGAUCUCCUGCCACCAGACACGUCAGAUAUUCGUCUGUUGAGAGGCCACAAGCUGCCAGUCACCUGUCUGGUCAUCUCUCCUGAUGACAAGCACAUCUUCUCUGCUGCCAAAGACUGCUCCAUCAUCAAAUGGGAUGUAGAGAAUGGUAAGAGACUGCACACAAUAGCUGGUGGGAGGAAAGGAACAGAUGAUCGCCAUGUUGGACAUACAGCCCAUGUACUGUGUAUUUCCAUAUCGUCGGACGGCAAGUACUUGGCAACGGGAGACAUGAAUAAGUUGAUCAUGAUUUGGGAGGCAGCAACAUGUAAACACCUGUACAAGUUCACAGGACAUAGAGGCCCUGUGUCGGGCCUGUCCUUCAGGAGGGGCACUCAUGACCUGUACAGUGCCUCUCACGACCGCUCCAUCAAGGUGUGGAACGUGGACGAAAACGCCUAUGUGGAAACCCUAUUUGGUCACCAGGAUGUGAUCACGGGACUGGACAGUGGGAGUCGGGAGCGCUGUGUGACUGCAGGGGGGAGGGACCGCACUGUGAGGGUGUGGAAGAUUGCCGAGGAGUCCCAGCUAGUGUUCCAUGGCCAUGAGGGCUCCAUCGACUGUAUCCAGCUCAUUAACGAAGAACACAUGAUAACAGGUGCUGAUGAUGGUUCCGUCUCCCUCUGGAGUGUGAACAAGAAGAAGCCCCUCAGCACGGUGAAGGCAGCCCACGGUCGGCAUGGCGACUCGGGGCUGGAGCAGCCCUACUGGGUGGCAGCCGUGGCGGCUCUGCAGAACUCUGACACCGUAGCCUCAGGUUCACACAACUCUAAGGUGCAGCUGUGGAAGUGUGGCCAGGGGUUCCGUCACCUGGAGCCUCUCUUCAGCAUCCCUGUGACUGGUUUUGUCAACAGUCUGAAGUUCUCUAGCUCUGGGAAGUUCCUAGUGGCAGGAGUAGGACAGGAGCACAGGCUUGGUCGGUGGUGGAGACUGAAGGAAGCAAAGAACGGACUCUACAUUAUUCCUCUGAAAAGACAACAGCCAGAGCAGGAAGGGGUCCAGAAUGGAGAAGAGAAUGGGGUUUAGUUGAUCUAUGAAUGCCUUAGCCUGUGUAUGAACAUUAUUCAGAUUUUGUCAAUUAAAUUCUUUACACAAAUG